GUAGUAACGCAAACGAAGCGUAACACACGAGCGUUACCGUGAACCAUUUGCAUCCUUCAACAAUCUUCUUCUUCUUCUUCUUCCUUCCUCUCUUCUCACUCUCCACCGUUCUUCACCUUUAGUGGACCCACAAAACACGAUAUCAUCAAUAACUCGCGAGGUUGAAAGAUAUAUCGACGAAAAACUCGUUAUGGCGAGAAAAUCAACCAAUUGCGCCAUUUGCGAGAAUUUGAAUCAACCUUCUAUUUGUUCUGUUUGUGUUAACUAUAGGUUAAAUGAGUAUAACAGUUCGUUGAAAUCAUUGAAAGAGCGUCGAGAUUCGUUGUACUCGAAAUUGAGUGAAGUUCUUGUUCGUAAGGGAAAGGGAGACGAUCAAACAAAUUGGAGAGUGCUUCGACAUGAAAAGCUUGCAAGGUCAAGGGAGAAGCUCCGCCAUAAUAAAGAACAAGUUACUCAAGGAAGAGCUAAGAUACAGGCUAUGUCUGCUGAUCUGAAACUUAAAUACGGAGUGCUUGAAUCUGCCCUUUCUAUGUUAGAAAAGAAUCGAGUGGAACAACUGGAGAAGUUCUACCCUAAUCUUAUAUGCACCCAGAGCUUAGGGCAUGUGGCGAUUACCUCUGAGCGUCUUCAUAAACAGUCUGUGGUCAUAAAACAGAUAUGCAAGUUGUUUCCACAACGCCGGGUAGUUAUAGAGGGAGAGAAAGGGGAUGAUUGUAGUGGCCAAUAUGAUCAAAUUUGUAAUGCACGCUUACCAAGAGCACUUGAUCCCCAUUCUGUUCCUUCAGAAGAGCUUUCUGCAUCUUUAGGAUACAUGGUGCAACUUCUAAAUCUUGUUGCUCACAACUUGGCUGCCCCAGCACUUCAUAACUCAGGUUUUGCGGGUUCUUGCUCUCGAAUAUGGCAACGAGAUUCUUAUUGGGAUGCACGACCUUCCUCGAGGAGCAAUGAAUAUCCUCUUUUUAUACCUCGCCAAAAUUAUUGCUCGACUAGUGGGGAAAACUCAUGGUCUGAAAAAAGUUCAAGCAAUUUUGGUGUUGCUUCAAUGGAAUCUGACAGGAGGCCUCGUCUCGAUUCAUCUGGGAGUAGUAGCUUUAACUAUUCUUUAGCUUCUUCACAUUCUGUUCAAUCACACAAAGAUCUGCAGAAAGGAAUUUCACUUUUAAAGAAAAGUGUAGCAUGCAUUACUGCAUACUGUUACAACUCCCUAUGUUUUGACAUCCCUUCUGAGGCAUCUACGUUUGAAGCAUUUGCGAAGUUAUUGGCUACUCUCUCAUCAUCCAAGGAAGUUCGAUCUGUUUUCUCUUUGAAAAUGGCUCGCUCUAGGACAUGCAAACAAGUUCAACAAUUGAACAAAUCUGUAUGGAAUAUGAACUCCGCUAAUUCGUCAACUACUUUGCUGGAAAGUACACAUUCUGUUCCCACAACGAGAAUUGAAAAUUACAUGCCAAAUUCUGCUGCUAGUUUUCUUUAUCCGACUGAUUCAUCUGAUCGAAAAAGUGAGUGCCUAAUUGAAGGGUGGGAUAUUGUUGAGCAUCCCACUCUUCCUCCCCCUCCAUCACAAAGUGAGGAUGUUGAACACUGGACUCGAGCCAUGUUCAUAGAUGCUAAAAGGAAAUGAUCUUCAUCGGUGACAGACUUCUGCUCUCUGUCGAAGGGAGAGACAGCUGAGUUGACAUAACAUUCUGGAUGCUGUAUAUGUAAAUUACUUGGAGCAAUUUAGUUCCUUUCCCCUGAUUGCAGAGCUGUAUAAUAUUAUAGAUUGUGGACUAUGAGAAUUGUGAAUAUAUGUACAUAUUGAUAGGCAAAGUUCAUCAAGAUUUUAUCUAGCUUCAUUGUUUAGAUCCUGUUAGUUUUUCUCCUGAUUACUUUAGUCUUUGGUUGAUCAUGAUACA